AUGGAAUCAUUCUCUUCAUCUUCCUCCUCUUCUUCUUCCUCCUCUACUGACUCUAUUCCAAAUCCCUUCACUGCACUUAUCCUUCAUCCAAACAUCACCUUACCUCCCUUAAUCCCUCCUUCACUCUCUCAUAAAUUUACCAAUUUUGCUGUUUUCAAAAAUUUUCCAAAUCUUUUUGCCCAAAUUUCUUCACCUUCUCUAUCCUCUUCGAAACCCUUCCUUCCUUCUUCUAUCCCACUCCAAAUUAUUAAAGAUGAUGAUAAUCCUAGUGACAGAGAUAACCUUUCUAUUGCUGAGUUAAACCCAAAAAGGUCCACGUCCAACCUCUUAAGAAAACCCUCUUCUAUUCCUGCCACUGUUCACAAUACUGCCCCUCCAGAACCUUUUCCAAAUGUCGCUAUCCCUUAUACUCUACUUCGAUCUGUCAGAAAGAUAAAAACUAUCAUGGCCAAAGUUCCAAAACUCUCGUUGCCCAUAAAAUCCUCUUCUAAACCUACUCAAAAGGCCUUCUCCUCUUUAAAAUUUCCGUCUAAUGUCCAAGGAUCCUCCUCCUCAAAAGUUUCCCCUCCCAAGCCCUCUACUUGUCUCAAGAAUCAGGUCACCCUACCUGUUCCUUCUGACUCAUCUAACUCUGACUUUACCCCAGAUACUACUAAUGAGUUGGCACCUGAGUUUGAAGUUCCCUACUCAUCUUCUCAUCAGGAUACUUCUGAGCUCAUCAUCUUAACUUUGAAAAGCAGAAAUUAG